AUCUAACAAUUUCUGAUGAUAUUUUUGGGUCUGGAAAUAUGUUAGUUGAUUACAAAUGUUUAGAUAUUGAUGAGUGUGAGAAUGAUAAUGGAGGUUGCUCUCAUAUAUGUAAUAAUACAAUUGGAUCUUAUCAUUGUGACUGUUUUGAUGGAUAUGUCAUUGAUGAAUCAAACACUUUGGGCUGUAGAGACAUUAAUGAAUGUGUAGAAAUGAAUGGAACUUGUGAGCACAUUUGCACUAACACAAAUGGAAGCUUUGAGUGUUCUUGUUAUACUGGUUACAAUGGAAGUGUGUUUUGUUCAGAUAUUAAUGAAUGUAUUGAGAAUAUUACGAACUGUACUCAAGAGUGCAUUAAUACAGAUGGUAGUUAUUAUUGUGAAUGCGACAAUGGAUAUUAUUUGAGUGAUGACAAUCACACAUGUAUCGAUAUUAAUGAAUGUACAAAUGGAACUAGUUUGUGUGAUCAAAUAUGUAUUAAUGAUGCUGGUUCAUAUCAUUGUGAUUGUGACAUUGGGUAUUUAAUAAGCUCUAACAACAUCACUUGCAAAGAUAUUAAUGAAUGCAAUGACACUAAUGGUAUAGAUGAUUGUGAACACACUUGUCACAAUAAUAUUGGAUCAUAUUAUUGUACUUGUGAUAUGGGAUAUGUAAUAAAUACUACUAACAAUAACACAUGCAAUGAUAUUGAUGAGUGUGAGAAUAAUAAUGGAGGUUGCUCUCAUAUGUGUAAUAAUACAAUUGGAUCUUAUCAUUGUGACUGUUUUGAUGGAUAUGUCAUUGAUCAAUCAAACAAUUUGGACUGUAGAGACAUUGAUGAAUGUGUAGAAAGGAAUGGAGCUUGUGAGCACAUUUGCACUAACACAAAUGGAAGCUUUGAAUGUUCUUGUUAUACUGGUUACAAUGGAAGUGUGUUUUGUUCAGAUAUUAAUGAAUGUACCGAGAAUAUUACCAAUUGUACUCAAGAGUGCAUUAAUACAGAUGGUAGUUAUUAUUGUGAAUGUGACAAUGGAUAUUAUUUGAGCAAUGACAAUCACACAUGUAUUGAUAUUGAUGAAUGUACAAAUGGAACUAAUUUGUGUGAUCAAAUAUGUAUUAAUGAUGCUGGCUCAUAUCAUUGUGAUUGUGACAAUGGGUAUUUAUUAAGCACUAAUAACAUCACUUGCAAUGACAUUAAUGAAUGCAAUGGCACUAAUAGUACAGAUGUUUGUGAACACACUUGUCACAAUAAUAUUGGUUCAUAUUAUUGUACUUGUGAUAUAGGUUAUAUACUAAAUACUACCAACAAUAACACAUGCAAUGAUAUUGAUGAGUGUGAUGAAGGAAUAGGUAACUGUAUUCAAAUUUGUAAUAACACUAUUGGUAGUUAUACUUGUGACUGUAAGACUGGAUUUGAGUUAGAUAGUGAUGGAUUAACAUGUAAUGAUAUUAAUGAAUGUGAUUUGAAUAAUGGUGGAUGUGAAAAUAUUUGUAAUAACACUAUUGGAAGUUAUAAAUGUUCAUGCGAAGAAGGAUAUUCUCUUAAUGGUACUUACAAUUGUACAGAUAUUAAUGAAUGUAGUAUUAAUAAUGGUGGAUGUCAGCAUGAUUGUUCUAAUAUACCUGGAUCUUACGUUUGCUUAUGUAUCACUGGAUAUAACUUAACUAGCAACGCACAUAACUGCUCAGACAUCAAUGAAUGCAAUCAACCAAAUUAUUUUGCAUGUGAACAAAGUUGUUAUAAUACAAUUGGCUCAUAUUAUUGUGAGUGUAAUAAUGGAUUUGUACUUAAUGCUAAAACCAAUAAAACAUGCAAUGACAUAGAUGAGUGUGAUGAAGGAACAGGGAACUGUAAUCAACUGUGUAAUAACACUAUUGGUAGUUAUACUUGUGACUGUCAGACAGGAUAUGAGUUAAAUAGUGAUGGAUCAACUUGUAUUGAUAUUAAUGAAUGUGAUAGUAACAAUGGAGGGUGUGAUGGAAUUUGUAAUAACACACAAGGAAGCUUUAUAUGCCUAUGCUCAUCAGGAUACUAUUCAGUUGGUAAAAAGUGUAUUGACAUUGAUGAAUGUAGCUCGGGAAAUGGUGGUUGUGAUCAACAUUGUAAUAAUACUGUUGGCUCUUAUUUUUGCUCAUGUAAAAGUGGAUAUACUUUAUCAUUUGAUGGGCACAACUGUUCAGAUAUCAAUGAAUGCCAUGAAAAUAAUGGACUUUGUACUCAAACUUGUACAAAUACUAAUGGCAGUCAUUACUGCAGUUGUAAAACUGGAUUUUAUAAUACAACAAAAGAUGGAAGAUAUUGCUCUGAUAUUAUUGAGUGUGAUACCAAUAAU